AUGUCUGACUUUGUAGAAAGUGAAGCAGAGGAGUCGGAGGAGGAGUACAACCAGGAUGGGGAGGUUGUGCCCAGAGUAACCAAAAAGUUUGUAGAGGAAGAUGAAGAUGAUGAGGAAGAGGAGGAGGAGAAUCUUGAUGAUCAAGAUGAGCAGGGGAAUCUGAAAGGAUUCAUUAACGAUGACGACGACGAGGAAGAGGAAGAGGAGGAAGAAGCCAGUGACUCUGGAGACUCUGAGGAUGACGUUGGCCACAAAAAGAGAAAGCGCACUUUUGAUGACCGCCUGGAGGAUGAUGAUUUUGACCUCAUUGAAGAGAACCUGGGUGUUAAAGUCAAAAGAGGGCAAAAAUUCAGGCGUGUGCGAAAAAUGUCCGAUGAUGAGGAUGACGAAGAGGAAGACUAUGGAAAGGAAGAACAUGAGAAGGAAGCCAUUGCUGAAGAAAUCUUUCAGGAUGGUGAAGGCGAGGAGGGAGGGGAAGCUGUUGAAGCUCCUGUUGCUCAACCAGAAGAGGAAGAAGAGGAGGAGGAAGACGAAUCUGACAUCGAUGACUUCAUUGUGGAUGACGAUGGACAACCUCUGAAGAAGCCAAAAUGGCGAAAGAAGCUCCCUGGAUACACAGAUGCUGCUUUGCAGGAAGCCCAGGAAAUCUUUGGUGUGGAUUUCGACUAUGAUGAGUUUGAGAAGUACAAUGAGUACGAUGAGGAGAUGGAGGAGGAAUAUGAGUAUGAGGAUGAAGAGGCCGAAGGGGAGACCCGUGUACGACCCAAAAAGACUGCCAAGAAGCGCGUCAGUCGGCGUAGCAUCUUUGAGAUGUACGAGCCCAGUGAGCUGGAAAGCAGUCACCUAACAGACCAGGACAAUGAGAUCCGCAUGACAGACAUGCCCGAGAGGUUCCAGUUGCGAUCCAUCCCGGUGAAGAGUGCUGAAGAUGAUGAGCUGGAGGAAGAAGCUGACUGGAUUUACAGGAACGCAUUUGCGACACCCACCAUCUCCUUGCAGGAAAGUUCUGACUACCUUGACCGUGGACAAGCCAGCAGCAGCUUCAGCCGCAAGGGGCCCAGCACCAUCCAGAAGAUUAAAGAAGCCCUGAAUUUCAUGAGAAAUCAACAUUUUGAGGUCCCAUUCAUCGCCUUCUACAGAAAGGAGUAUGUGGAGCCAGAGCUGCAUAUCAAUGACCUGUGGAGGGUCUGGCAGUGGGAUGAGAAGUGGACCCAGCUGAAGAUCCGCAAGCAGAACCUGACACGUCUGUUUGAGAAGAUGCAGGCCUAUCAGUACGAACAAAUCUCUGCUGACCCGGACAAGCCCUUGGCUGAUGGAAUAAGGGCCCUGGAUACUACUGACAUGGAGAGGCUGAAGGACGUGCAGUCCAUGGACGAGCUGAAGGACGUGUAUAAUCACUUCCUGCUGUACUAUGGGCGAGACAUCCCCAAGAUGCAGAAUGCUGCCAAGGCCGCUCGAAAGAAGCAAAAACGUAUCCGAGAGGAUGGUGAAGAGGAGGAAGGUGAAGGGGAGGAUGCAGAAGAUGAUGAGCAGAAAGGGCCUGAGCUGAAGCAGGCUUCCCGUCGGGAUAUGUACACCAUCUGUCAAACAGCUGGGCUGGAUGGCCUGGCUAAGAAGUUUGGUCUGACACCUGAGCAGUUUGGAGAGAAUCUCCGAGACAGUUACCAGCGUCACGAGACAGAGCAGUUCCCUGCAGAGCCCCUGGAGCUGGCCAAGGAUUAUGUGUGUAGUCAAUUCCCAAGCCCUGAAGCAGUGCUGGAAGGAGCCCGGUACAUGGUGGCUUUGCAGAUAGCCAGGGAGCCUUUGGUCAGACAGGUCCUGAGACAGACUUUCCAAGAAAGAGCUAAAAUCAACAUUUCACCAACCAAAAAAGGGAAGAAGGAUGUUGAUGAAGCCCACUACGCCUAUUCCUUUAAAUACUUGAAGAACAAGCCUGUGAAGGAGCUGCGAGAUGACCAGUUCCUGAAAAUGAGCCUGGCAGAGGAGGAGGCAUUGCUGACUAUAGAUAUCAGCAUUGACAUGAAAGGAGUGGAGGGUUAUGGUAGCGACCAGACAUACUUUGAGGAAAUCAAACAGUUCUAUUAUCGGGAUGAGUUCAGCCACCAGGUGCAGGAGUGGAAUCGGCAGCGUACGAUGGCCAUUGAGCGGUCCCUCAACCAGUUCCUCUAUGUGCAGAUGGCUAAAGAGUUGAAGAAUAAGCUGUUGGUGGAGGCCAAGGAGUAUGUCCUCAAGGCUUGCAGCCGGAAGCUGUACAACUGGCUAAAAGUAGCUUCAUACCGUCCCGAUCAGCAAGUGGAGGAAGAUGAUGAUUUCAUGGAUGAAAACCAAGGGAAGGGGAUUCGGGUGCUAGGCAUUGCAUUUUCCUCUGCCAGGGACCACCCUGUGUUUUGCGCCCUUGUUAAUGGAGAGGGUGAGGUUACAGACUUCCUCCGAUUGCCACAUUUCACAAAGAGAAGAAACGCCUGGCGUGAGGAAGAGAGGGAAAAGAAGGCCCAGGAUAUUGAAACCUUGAAAAAAUUCCUUCUGAACAAGAAGCCUCAUGUGGUGACAAUUGCAGGCGAGAACAGGGAUGCUCAGAUGCUGAUGGAGGAUGUAAAGAGAAUUGUUCAUGAGCUGGAUCAAGGGCAGCAGCUGUCCUCUAUCGGAGUGGAGCUGGUGGACAAUGAACUGGCCAUCCUCUACAUGAACAGCAAGAAGUCUGAGAAUGAGUUCCGGGAUUACCCACCUCUGCUGCGUCAAGCCGUCUCCCUUGCUCGCCGUAUUCAGGACCCCCUCAUAGAGUUCGCCCAGGUCUGCAGCUCCGAUGAGGAUAUUCUCUGCCUAAAACUCCACCCUCUGCAGGAGCACGUGGUGAAGGAGGAACUGCUGAAUGCUCUCUACUGCGAAUUCAUAAACCGUGUGAACGAGGUGGGAGUGGAUGUCAAUCGGGCGAUUGCUCACCCUCACAGCCAGGCUUUGCUGCAGUAUGUGUGUGGCCUGGGACCACGCAAAGGCACUCAUCUGCUAAAGAUCUUAAAACAAAACAACACGCGUCUGGAGAACAGGACCCAGCUGGUUACGAUGUGUCACAUGGGACCCAAAGUGUUUAUCAACUGUGCUGGCUUCAUCAAAAUUGACACAGCAUCGCUGGGCGAUAGUACUGAUUCCUACAUCGAAGUCCUAGAUGGGUCUAGGGUCCAUCCUGAAACCUAUGAAUGGGCAAGAAAAAUGGCAGUGGAUGCCUUAGAAUACGAUGAGUCGGCAGAGGACGCUAAUCCCGCAGGAGCUCUAGAGGAGAUCUUGGAAAACCCUGAGCGCCUGAAAGACCUGGAUCUCGAUGCCUUUGCUGAAGAACUGGAAAGACAGGGCUACGGUGACAAGCAUAUCACUUUAUAUGACAUUCGAGCUGAACUAAGCUGCAGGUACAAGGACCUGAGAACCCCAUACCGUUCUCCAAACACAGAAGAGGUCUUCAAUAUGCUGACCAAAGAAACUCCAGAGACUUUUUAUAUAGGUAAAAUGAUCAUCUGCAAUGUGACUGGGAUAGCCCACAGGCGACCGCAAGGAGAAAGCUACGACCAGGCAAUACGGAACGAUGAAACUGGCCUUUGGCAGUGUCCUUUCUGUCAGCAGGAUAACUUUCCAGAGCUCAGUGAGGUUUGGAAUCACUUUGACAGCGGUUCCUGCCCAGGUCAGGCCAUUGGAGUGAAGACACGUCUGGAUAAUGGUGUCGCUGGCUUUAUCCCAACAAAAUUUCUUAGUGAUAAGGUGGUCAAGCGGCCAGAAGAAAGGGUGAAGGUGGGAAUGACCGUUCACUGCAGGAUUAUGAAGAUCGACAUUGAGAAGUUCAGUGCAGACCUGACCUGCAGGACCUCAGACCUGAUGGAUAAGAACAAUGAGUGGAAACUGCCUAAAGACACCUACUACGACUUUGACUCUGAGGCAGCAGAUCACAAACAGGAAGAAGACCUGAAAAGAAAGCAGCAGCGGACAACGUACAUCAAGAGAGUAAUUGCUCACCCAUCAUUCCACAACAUUAGCUUCAAGCAAGCUGAGAAGAUGAUGGAGACCAUGGACCAAGGGGAUGUGAUUAUUCGGCCAAGUAGCAAAGGGGAGAACCACCUGACUGUCACCUGGAAGGUGAACGAUGGGAUUUACCAGCAUGUGGAUGUCCGAGAAGAGGGCAAGGAGAAUGCGUUCAGCCUGGGCUCCACACUUUGGAUUAACACAGAGGAAUUUGAAGACCUGGAUGAAAUUGUUGCUCGCUAUGUCCAGCCAAUGGCUUCUUUUGCCAGAGACCUGUUGAAUCACAAAUACUAUCAGGACUGCAACGGUGGAGACAAGAAGAAGCUGGAAGAGCUGCUGAUAAAGACCAAGAAAGAGAAGCCAACAUUUAUUCCCUACUUUAUCAGUGCCUGUAAAGAUCUACCUGGCAAAUUCCUCUUGGGAUAUCAGCCUCGAGGCAAACCAAGGAUAGAGUAUGUAACAGUGACGCCAGAAGGAUUCCGCUACCGGGGCCAGGUCUUCCCUACCGUGAGAAAAAAAAAUUAUCAGGACCCUGUUCCAGGUAUUACCCCCAGCAGUAGCAGUCGGACCAGGACUCCAGCCUCCAUUAAUGCUACUCCAGCUAACAUUAACCUGGCAGACCUGACUCGUGCAGUGAAUGCUCUACCGCAGAAUAUGACCUCCCAGAUGUUCAAUGCCAUCGCUGCUGUGACAGGCCAGGGACAGAACCCAAAUGCCACCCCUGCGCAGUGGGCAUCCAGUCAGUAUGGCUAUGGAGGCAGCGGAGGUGGCAGCAGCGCGUACCACGUCUUCACGACUCCAGCACAGCAACCGGUGGCCACCCCUCUGAUGACCCCCAGUUACUCCUACACUACUCCCAGCCAGCCGAUUACAACGCCCCAGUACCAGCUCCAGGCCAACACCACACCCCAGUCCACCCAGCCCCAGACACAGUCGCAGCCAUCGUCCAGCUCCAGGCAGAGGCAGCAGCCAAAGACCAACAGUCACGCUGCGAUCGACUGGGGGAAGAUGGCCGAGCAGUGGCUCCAGGAGAAGGAGGCUGAACGGAGGAAACAGAAGCAGAGGUUGACUCCUCGCCCAUCUCCCAGCCCCAUGAUCGAGAGCACGCCCAUGUCUAUCGCUGGGGACGCCACGCCACUGCUGGAUGAGAUGGAUCGAUAG